CGACGAGCAUGCUAGAGAUCGCUGCGAGACUGGCGAGCACCUGCUGCUCUGAAUCUGCUCACGACUCGUCGGAGGAUGACUUCUGCACUCCUGCUCUCAUUGCUGGUUUCUUCGGGCCCGUCGUAGCUCACCGUCUCGUCGCUGCUACGCCGAUGGACGGAGACCUCAAUGUGCAGGAGACGGUGAUAGGGAGAGCGCUAGAGGAGGAAGCGUCUCCCUUGUGAUGAUCAACGA